AUGGCGACUGCUAGUAACGAUGACGUUCGGAAGGAUGCUAGUAACGGUGACGUUCGGAAGGAGGAUGAUAUUGCGAGCGGACAUCAAACAAAUAUCCUUGUAGAGGACUUCCUGUCAUCUGCAACCAUUCACGGAUUACAUAAGGCAGCCUCCAACAGGAAUCUUAUUCGAAGAUGGGUUUGGACAGUAUUGCUGCUAGUAAUGCCUGCAGGCUUAUGCACAUUUACCUAUCUGGAGCUGAGGAUAUACUUUCAGUUCGAGACGCGUACGAGCACUAGUGUUUUAAUGAAAAAUGAAAUCGAGGUGCCUGCCAUUACUAUAUGCAAUGCCAACCAAGUGAAAAGCAGUAUUUUAAACUGUGCCGAUAUGGAAUACCUGAUAUUUUAUCUAAGUGAAUUGAGUAAAUCAGUUACACUUCCGGUGUCAUAUCCGGUCAAUGUUUCAGCUAUUUCCGCUGAUGACAUCUUCAGAUGUGUGCGCGAACACUCGCACGAUUUGGACAUGUUCCAGUCAUGUUUCGUUGGGGGACGUCUAGUCAAUUGCAGCCAUAUUUUCAAACCAAGCUUAACAUUGAUGGGAAUGUGUUUUACAUUUAACGGUGUGUUGCCCCAGAGGAAGACCCAAAUGCACGGAUAUAUGGGCGGUCUGAGGGUUGUUAUCGAUAUUGAACAGGACCUGUAUUUCUUCCCAGAAAAAAUGUUAUCAGGUAUUAAGGUACUUCUGCACGAGCCUGAGGAGACACCCGUUCCAAACAUGCGCAGUUUCCUUGUGGGUCCUGGUUUAUCAGCGGAGGCCGUGCUUUCUAGGAACAAGAGGAUAUUACUACCGUCGCCCUAUGGUAAUUGUGUGGAGAGAGAAAGCGACAUCGAACGACUGACAAGGUUCUCGAAGUAUUCCACUACAGCCUGCGGGAUGGAGUGUUUCCAGAAUGCAGUCGUGUCUCGCUGUUCUUGUCGACACUACUAUGUAAAUGAUCUGUAUAUAGAGAACUCCACGGGGCUGUCGGAAGCUGUACAGAACUGUCGGACAUGCCCGGAGCUAUGUAUCACUUACUCCUACGACUGGUCGCUAUCUUAUGCUCUCUUCAGCUCUGGCUUUGUCAACAACAGACUCGUCAAUGCAAGCAUCUUUCGUGAGGAAUCCUAUAUACGCUCCAACUACAUAGAUCUGACGCUGUUCUACAACUCUCUGUCUGAAAAUGUCGUUGAAGAUGUACCUGCCAAGAUGAUAAACGACAUUGUCGGCAAUGUUGGUGGACACAUGGGUAUGUUCCUGGGAGCUAGUCUUCUGUCUAUUGUAGAGCUGGUAGAAUUUGCGUGCUUACUGAUAGCGAAACAAAGAAGUGUGUCACCAACUUCCACAGACAAGAAACACAAGCUAAGUACCGUCAGUAUAACCAACUCUACUAAAUGCAACAUCACAAAGGACACGGAAAAUACCCUGCACUUGGAGGAAACAUAA